AUUACUAAUAAAAGUCACUUUGCAAUUUUGUAAUUUUUUAACUUAAAAAAAUGUCCUUGCUACACAAAUUAAGCAGAGUUGCGCUCAGCACGCAUGCUUAUAGUGCAAGUCGUCACUUAAGUGUUGCAAAUAGACUGUCCGGCAGCAAUAAGGAAACAACAAGUGACAACAACAUUGUCAAUAGUGCGGCAGAGGAACAGUUGCCUGAGGUUGACAACAAAGGCGGUUUUGCACGUGCAUUUGAAAAGUAUACAGCACCAGCAGCACCUGCGGAGCAGCCUUUGGACAAUCAAAGCUUUGCCUCACUGCUACGCAACUCCAAGUUCACAGACUUGGGUGCUGCGGAGGGCAAGGUGGUAAGCGGCAAAAUCUUUCAUGUGGUAGGUGAUGAUCUUUACAUAGACUUUGGCUGGAAGUUUCACUGCGUUUGCACGAGACCCCAACGCAAUGGGAGCGACUAUGUGCGUGGUGCUCGUGUGCGUCUGCGCGUCAAGGAUCUGGAAUUGUCUACCAAGUUUUUGGGCUCCAGCAAGGAUAUAACCAUCUUGGAAGCCGACUGCCACUUGCUGGGCCUAAUUAAUUCGCCCACGAGUCAAGCGCCCAGAGAAACCAAGAGCACGUUCACUGCGCCCAGCAUGGAAAGUUUGUUAUAAAGUAAUUGUAUUCUAAUGUGCAUUAAACAAAGUGCUUUUUGUUAAGUUAAAAUUA